AUGACGAGGAAGAAGGUGAAGCUUGCUUUCAUUGAAAAUAACUCGUCCAGGAAAUCAACCUUUCAAAAAAGAAAGAAAGGCAUUCUGAAGAAAGUGAAGGAAAUCUCGACUCUAUGUGGUGUCACUACCUGUGCCAUCAUCUACAGUCCCUAUACGUCCAAUCCAGAUGUCUGGCCAUCGAUUUCUGGUGUGCGAAGGGUAGUUUCGGAUUUCCAGACGUUGCCGGAGAUGGACCAACAAAAAAAAAUGGUGGACCAAGAGACCUUUCUCAGACAGAGGAUCGCCAAAUUGUCUGAGAAUCUGAGGAGGCAGGAGAAGGAUAACAGGGAGCAAGAGAUGAUUGAAAUCAUGUUCCAAUGUUGGGAUGGAAGCCUGGAGAGGUUUCAUCUCAAUAUUUUGGAUCUCAAUGAAUUAGGUUAUGUGACUGGACAAUAUCAAAAAGAUAUUAAUCGCAAGAUCGAGAUUUUGGAGAGUUCUAGUAUGGAGAUGGGUGAAUCUUCUAAUACUGCUGUCACUGCGGCUAUGGCUCAUUCUUUUGAAGGCAUUGGAUCUUUGGCAGUUGCUUCGGCUACAACUGACUCUAUUCAGCAACAGCAACAUCAUCAUCAACAUCAACAAUUUCGUCAUACUGCCACUCCACAUGUUGGAUUCUAUGAGCAAACUCGAAAUAUGAACCUGAAUCAAAUUCAUAGUCGGAUCCAACAACAACCUUUUAUGGAGAUGAUGAACCAUCCUGACCAAAUGAAUGAUGCAUAUGAGUAUAUGGAUAACUUCCACCAACACCAGCACCAGCAACAACAGCAAAUCCCCAGUGAUUCCUCUACUGCUCUGACCACAGUCAGCUCAAACAGUAUCAUCCAUGUUACCAGUCCAAAUCCUACCAAUAAUACAUGGUUCCAUUAG